ACUUUUGGAAUUUUAUGCUUAAUGCUUUCUAUCUUUAGCAACACAAGUGUUUUUCCUGAUAUAUUGGUUUGUCUCACAUUUUCUGUCUAUUUUCAAUGUCCUUCAUUGCCAUUUUCAGUGUUAACUGUUAAAGUGUUUCAGCUCUCAACCAUUUUCGUAUCGGCUUCUGUUUCAAAUGGGUGGAAGAAGAGGAGUGUGCACAGCAUGGGAGGAAGACAUUUACUGGACACAUUUUCAGUUUAUCCAUUUCACCCAAUUUCUCCGCUCUGAUUUUGAUCAACAACUUGCAAUUCCCAAAACAUUUUCUGACAAUAUAAAGAAAAACUUGCCUGAAAGUGUGACCCUAAAAGGACCUGGUGGAGUGCUGUGGAAUAUAGAGUUGACAACUAGAGACCAUACCUUGUACUUCACGCGCGGUUGGCAACAAUUCGUGAAAGAACACUCUUUGAAAGAAAAUGAUUUCCUUGUCUUUAAGUACAACGGUGAAUCGUUGUUUGAGGUUUUAAUCUUUGAUGGCAAGAGUUUAUGUGAGAAAGCAGCUUGUUAUUUUGUUCGAAAAUGUCAGCAUGCCGCCUAUAAGGAACAGGGGGGUGGAUGGUCUAACAAGAAAAGGGACUCAGAUAAUUCUGUUGAAGAAGUUAAGACUCCUAAUGGUGUUGAUGAAGGUGUUUCACCUGAGAAAUCUUUGCAUCUUAACAGUAUCCGAGUGCCACUUGCUGUGCCUAUCGAAACUACUAAUGGCAAGACUUCUAAUGCUGGUAUUGAAUCUGCUUCCGCCGCCGAGCAAUUCAUGUCUGAUGCAGUCACUGACACCGAGCCAAAAACUGGUCCCUUCCAAACAACGGGUAAACGGACGAGGAGGCCACCAAAAACUGUUUAUGCCGAUACACCUGUCCCUAUCAAAAAGAGAGGAAGACCAUCAAAAACCGCUAAUUCUCACGAAAGAGCUCGUAAUUGUGUGUCUGGUGCUGAACUCUCUCCCAAGGUUUCUCCAAAGGUUGGAUCUGGAACCAAGGAACUAUAUACUUCAAAUAGAAGGCCUGUCACAAAAAAUGAGAUUGAAAAUACUCUUCAGUUGGCCCAGGCAACAUGUGCCGCAGACACGUUACUUGUAACCAUGCGACCCACGCAUGUAUACAAGAAAUUCUUCGUGUCAUUCCCUAACAAGUGGAUAAUAAACCAUCUUUCUCCGUCAUCUCAAGAAGUGAUAUUACGCAUGGGUGAGAGUGAAUGGCUUGGGAAAUACUUCUAUUAUAAUAUUCGUAACAGUGGAGGACUUACCGGUGGGUGGAAAUAUUUUGCGCUAGAAAAUAAUCUUGAAGAGUUUGAUGUGUGUUUGUUUAAGCCUGCUGGUUAUAUGGACAAAACUUUGAUCUUAGACAUUACCAUUUUUAGAGUAGUUGAGGAGAUUACUCCUCUCACUGCUGUGAAUUCACCUGGAAAGAAGAGGUCAAGUAAGAAAACACCAACCGAGGUGAAAUCUCAGGGAAAGAGGAGGUCAAUUAAGAAAACACGAACCGGUGCUGUCCAAACAGAACUCGAGUCCGUUGAACCACUUACCAGUGCUGUCUAAACAGAACUUGAUCGUCCGAAGAAAGUUUCAUCGUUAGAAUUAUGCAAUAGUAUAUGUUAAUAGUUGUGUUGGGGUGUGUAAUAUGAAAUGUGUUUGUAUUUUGGAUGUUAUGUUGGAUUGUUUAACUUGUUCAAUCUUCUGCUUCUACCUACGUAAUUCACAUAUGUAAACUUUCUACUGCAACAGCUAGACUUUUUAAGGCUCAA